AUGCCGUUUCGUCAUCCCAACGGCUCUGUCUUUGCUCCACUUGCUUCUAAAUUCUCCACCACCUCAUCCAUGAAGGAUGAACAGAAGGAUGAUGAUCCUAAUGAUCCCUACACUCAGACUGCUCUCACUUCUCCUCCUUCGCAAUGGUCAUCGUCACACAUCUUUCCCGAGCGAUGGAAUACCACAACGUCACUGACAUCAUCGAGAGGUAAUACGACCUCCUCAUCAUCGUUGGAGCAUCCACAAAGAGGCUCCUCUCCGACCAAACAUUCGGUAGAAGACGAUGUUUCUUCUUCUUCUUCUUCAUGUGGUGGAGGUGGUUGGAGUACAUCGUCCCUACUAGAAGUGAAUAAUAUUAAUUCUGAACCCUUCUUCAUGAAAAAGUGCACGUUCAAGAAAGACACAUUGGAAUUACCCAAGAGUUCAUUAGAGGAUGUUUCUCAAACCUCGUUGUUGAGUCCAAACAAUAAUAAUAAUAAUAACAAUAACAACAACCUUAACUCUUACCACAACUUCCCUAAACGCAGAAACAAGAAUGCCAUGGAGAAUGCCUUAAAUUCCCAGAACAAGGAUCAUUCUCGUAUGCGCCGCACUCUCGACAGUUACAACUCAAUCUUGCAACAGAAACAACAAGUGAAGAAGGAUCCCAAAUUUGAGAGUCAAUUGCAUGCGUAUGCUCAGCAACGACUCGGACAAGAUCAGGUUGUAUUUUCAUAUGGUAAGGACAAUAACAAGAUUCUGGAUGUGGAUGAUUUAUUGAAUGGAAUCUUUGAUAUUGAUGAGGCAAAGAGAAUACGAGCCAACAAGUCGAAAACUACGAAUCGACAUCACAGUCAUCCGCAUGGUCAUCAUCCUUGCUUACUGGAUGCUCAUCCAAUUAGUUCAAGUAUCAGCUCUCACAAUUCCUUGUCAAAUGCCUUGUUUAUGAAGGAGCAAAUGAAAGCAACCAACAAGACAACACCUCGCGCCAUGGAAAGUGCAAACUUCAAUCAGCAAUAUGCUCAGUUUUUGACGAGUAAAAGUGUCAAGUUGAUUUCAGAUGUAAGGAAAAGCACAGAACAAAAUUGUAGAGCUGUUCAGGAUGUGUUGUCCUAUCAGCAAAUGGUCGACCCAGAGCUCAAAGCAAAGGUAAAGAAAAACCUGGAGCUUAUGCAAGACUCGUUAGCACAGAUGGAAAAAGCACAAGAAAAGAAAACAGAGGAGAGAAAAAGAUUGCUGUUGUCGAGAAGACAGCACAGACAUUCCAUAAAGUGA